UCAUCAUCAGCAGCAGCAGCAGCAGCACUCGCAGUAUAACCGGCGGCGGCACGAGUUUUCCUCCCUUUCAAACAUCCGGGUGUCGCGCGCAAUGCGCAGUCGCGCCGCUGCAGCCGUUUCAGCGAGCUGAGAGAGAGAGAGAGAGAGAGAGAGAGAGGGCGGAGAGACCGGAGAGUGCCAGAGACGCGGAGACGCAGCGGGACGCCGACUUGGCCAAGCUUCAAACAUAGGCACUUGAUUAAAAAAAAGAAAAAAACAAUAAUCCCACGUCAACGUCAAAGACAUGGACAUGGCGAGGGAAGAAAACGCGCCCUAAAAUGUCAGAUUUAAAUACGGCGAAGCGAGCGAGAGCGGCUUCCCCUCCCCUCCUCCCUCAUCUUUUACCCUAAACCCGGUGAUCUCGUCUCAGGUGCUUCAUCCUUCUUGACGCAGUCUGACUGAACUCGGGGAGCAAAAAAAAAAAAGAAAUGAAGAAGUUUAAUAUUCGGAAGGUGCUGGACGGCUUGACGGCGGUCUCAUCGCCUUCAGCGUCGCCGCAUGCAGGGGCCAAAGAGAACGACUUCAUCCUCCCGGAGACCCUCCAGUCCGAGCACUUCCAGCUCUGCAAGACUGUCCGCCAUGGGUUUCCCUACCAACCAUCUUCCAUGGCCUUCGACCCGGUCCAGAAAAUCCUCGCCAUCGGGACUCAAAGUGGAGCUCUGCGGUUAUUUGGUCGUCCGGGCGUGGAAUGCUACUGUCAGCACGAGAGCGGAGCCGCCGUCAUCCAGCUCCAGUUCCUCAUCAACGAAGGGGCAUUAGUGAGUGCUUUAGCCGACGACAGCAUUCACUUAUGGAACCUGCGUCAGAAGAGACCAGCCGUGCUGCACUCCCUCAAGUUCAACAGGGAGAGGAUAACGUUCUGUUACCUGCCUUUCCAAAGCAAAUGGCUGUACGUCGGAACGGAACGAGGAAACAUCCACAUUGUAAACGUGGAGUCUUUCACGCUCUCAGGAUACACCAUCAUGUGGAACAAAGCCAUUGAACUGUCUUCUAAGGCCCACCCUGGUCCCGUCGUCCACAUAAGUGAUAACCCGAUGGAUGAAGGCAAGCUCAUAAUAGGAUUUGAGUCUGGCAUCGUGGUGCUGUGGGACUUGAAGUCGAAGAAGGCUGACUACCGCUAUACCUACGACGAGGCGAUCCAUUCUGUGGCCUGGCACCACGAGGGGAAGCAGUUCAUCUGUAGUCACUCAGACGGCACACUGACCAUAUGGAAUAUAAAGUCCCCAGCCAAACCUGCACAGACAAUCACCCCACAUGGAAAACAGCCCAAGGAUGGAAAGAAGCCAGAGCCAUGUAAACCCAUUCUCAAAGUAGAGUACAAGACGACAAGGGCAGGGGAUCCAUUUAUUAUCUUGUCCGGCGGUCUAUCAUACGACACAGUCGGUCGGCGGCCAUGUUUGACUGUUAUGCACGGGAAGAGCACAGCGGUGCUGGAGAUGGACUACCCCAUCGUAGACUUCCUCACGCUCUGUGAAACGCCAUAUCCUAACGAUUUUCAGGAACCUUAUGCUGUAGUGGUCCUUCUAGAAAAGGAUUUAGUUGUUAUUGACCUUGCACAAAAUGGCUACCCGAUUUUCGAGAACCCCUACCCCUUGACGCUUCAUGAGUCCCCAGUGACGUGUUGCGAGUACGUUGCUGACUGUCCCGCGGACCUCAUUCCUGCACUUUACUCGGUCGGCUCGCGGCAAAAGCGACAGGGCUACAGCAAAAAGGAAUGGCCUGUAAGUGGCGGAAACUGGGGCCAGGGCACUCAGAGCUAUCCAGAAAUAAUAAUCACUGGGCAUGCUGACGGUUCUGUGAAGUUUUGGGAUGCCUCUGCAAUAAUGCUCCAGGUGCUGUACAAGCUGAAGACGGCCAAGGUGUUCGAGAAAGCGCGUGGGAAAGAGGAGAAAGCGUCCACCGAGAUCGUAGACGAGGAUCCGUUCGCCAUCCAGCUCAUGGCCUGGUGUCCAGAGAGCCGGAUGCUGUGUGUCGCUGGAGUUUCUGCUCACAUCAUCAUCUACAGGUUCAGCAAACUGGAGGUCAUGACUGAGGUCAUACAGUUACUGGAGGUCCGGCUGCAGUACGAGCUGAACGACCUCGAGUCACCCGAAGGAGAUCAGACGCCGGCUCCUCCCACUCCAAACACCUCACCGAGCCCGCAGAACACUGGGCCACACCCACAUCCCUCCACCAGCAGCAACUCAUCCGACGGCAUUAGAGAUAACGUGCCCUGUCUCAAGGUGCGCAGCAGUCCUCUGAAGCAGUCUCCUGGGCAUCAGGUGGAGCUGGUGGUUCAGUUGUUGUGGGUCAGUGGAGAGCCGCCGCAGCAGAUUAGCAGCCUGGCCAUCAACUCCUCAUACGGCCUCGUGGUCUUUGGCAAUACUAAUGGCCUGGUUGUGGUCGAUUAUCUCCAGAAGACUGUUCUGUUGAACCUGAGCACCAUGGAGCUGUACGGAUCCGGCGACCCUUAUCAGAGACAACCUCGAUCACCUCGCAAGAGUAGGCAGCCCUCGGGAGGGCUGUGUGACAUCAACGAAGGUUCGGCCACGUCAGAGGACCGCUGCAAAUCCCCCACCUCAGUGUUGACGUCUAACCAUCAGCAAUUCUACAAUGGCGGCGGUAGAGGAGCAAAGAUGUCACGGAAAUUAAGCUUGCCUACUGAGCUAAAGCCAGACUUGGUCUUACUCUCUGUAUGUCCACCACGGGGCUCCAUACCGCUAGACAACAGGGACAACUCAUUCAGCCGCUCGCGCAGCUCCAGCGUGACCAGCAUCGACAGGGAAGCACGGGAAGCCAUAACGUCGUUCUACUUCUCCCAGACGUACACGCGUAAAAUGGACAGCACCCUAAGCCCCGCCCUGUGGGUGGGCACUUCGCAAGGUACGGUCCUUGCUAUCUCCCUAAGCAUGCCCCCUCCUGGAGAGCAGCGGUUACUGCAGCCAGUCAUCGUCUCACCCAGUGGCACGGUCAUUCGGCUGAAAGGAAGCAUCAUCCGGCUGGCGUUCCUGGACAGCAUGGGCUCACUGCUCCCCCCGGCCUCAGAGCCGUGGUACGAACCGAACUCCGACAGCGAGGAGAAGGAGAGAGUGAGGAGGAGGAGGCCGGUGUCCGUCUCGCCCUCCACCUCGCAAGACCUGACUGAGAGCCAGUAUAUGGUGGUAUGCUCGGAGAAGCAGGCCAAAGUGAUUUCUCUACCCUCACAAACCUGCGUCUUCAAGCACAACAUCACAGAGACGUCGUUUGUGCUGCAGGCAGACGUGGUGCAGGUGGGAUCAGGCCUCUGCGUGGCGUGCUUCUGUGCCAACGGACACAUCAUGAUCCUCAGUUUGCCUGGUCUCAGGCCGUUGCUAGAUGUAAACUACCUUCCUCUGACGGACAUGAGGAUAGCCAGGACCUUCUGCUUCACCAACCUAGGCCAGGCCAUGUACCUGACCUCCCCAACUGAGAUCCAGAGGAUAACCUACAGCCAGGAUGUCUGCGAGAACCUGCAGGAGAUGCUUGGUGAGCUGUUUACACCCGUGGAGACACCAGAGGCUCCGAACAGGGGGUUCUUUAAGGGCCUUUUUGGAGGAGGAGCUCAGUCGCUGGAUCGAGAGGAACUCUUUGGUGAGUCUGGGGCAGGUAAGGCGUCACGAAGCCUUGCCCAGCACAUCCCUGGACCGGGAGGAAUCGAGGGCAUGAAGGGGGCAGCGGCAGGUAUCGUGGGCGAUCUGGCUCGUGCAAGGAUAGCGCUGGAUGAGAGAGGGCAAAAACUGAGCGAGGUGGAAGAGCGGACAGCGGCCAUGAUGGCUAGCGCUGACUCAUUUUCCAAACACGCCCACGAGAUGAUGCUGAAGUGUAAGGAUAAGAAAUGGUACCAGUUCUGAUGUGCAGUGCAGCCCUACGAACACAAAGGGACUCGAACGCUUUCCUAGAAAGCAUCAUCGUUCCUCUUGUCCUUCCUUCUCUUCCUCUUUGGUCCUCCAUUUCUGUCCUCCUGGACCACUGGGAUCCUUUCUUUAUUUCCUGGCACAAUGUUAAAUACUGUGUGGACCUCAGUCCUGCUGUCGGAACAGGUGUGUGUGUGUGUGUGUGUGUUAGUUAGAUGGACUACAUGUCAAAACAUGACCAGAUAUCCACCGUCUGCUUUCUUUUGUUCUGUCUGUCUAUUAUUCCCUUCCCCCGCUCUCUCUCCGAGCUGAUUUUCUCCAGAGCUUUGGAUUUCGAUUUUUUUUUUUUCUCACGUUCAUGCUGUUGUUUCUUCCUUCAUCUCUGUCCUUCUCAGAAGAAAAAAACAAUACAUUUAAAAGGGAAAAAUAAAUAAACAGCCAUUGUAAAAAAAAAAAAAAAAGAGAGAAAAAGAAAA